AUGGCUUCAGUAGUUAGUUCAAGGUUGGACUUCAACCAGGCUGCACGUAACGAUGUUUUACAAAGCAUGAUGGGUGUCAAAAUUUUCGACCUCUUUGCGAGCCUUGUCGCGACAGCUAGUCAACGGAUUUCAGAUACCGCAUACCUAAACUCAUACAACUCAUGUGGUAACAAACUUCCUGAAAGUUCGGAUGUUGUUAUUGUUGGUGGAGGAAUACACGCCUUGAUAUAUGCCAUUCAUGCAAAAAGUCUGGAACUCCUGGAACAUGGAAAAGAGAAUACUAUGACCAUGACUAUCCUAGAAAAGUCAGCCAGCCCUACAUACAAAAUCGGAGAAUCAACAUUAACCGUAUUCGGACUUUGGCUUAAGACGGUUGGCAUCGAAAGUCCAAUGCUUUCACGACUCUUUGGACCAAAAGAUGGCUUAGCCUUUUUCUACUUUUCCUCCGAAGGUGAUCCAGAAAAUUACACGCAAUUUGUCGCCAAUGGACCACCUGCAGACUUUGUGCCCACGCUUCAAAUCGAAAGAAAGAUCAGCGAGUUGAUGCUUACUCUCUAUGCGCAGCGCCUAGGAAUUACGGUUCUUCAUGGGAAGGAAGUCGUUCUCGAGAAGCAAUCCGCAGUAGUAAAGGAGGAUGAUGGAAUGUCUAUUCAUGUACGAGACUCAGAGACGAUGGCGGAAGAAUCGGUGAAUUCUCGACUAGUAAUUGAUGCCACUGGUCGUUUUCAUCGAUUCAUCUCGAAAGAAACACGUAUUGAGCGUGUAGAGGGGUUCAACACAAAUGCGUACUGGGCGUACUUUGAACAAUUAGGUGAUGAGUCUGAUAUUCCUUUGAGACAUUACGAAAGUGUCAAUACAAAUCAUAUAUGUCUUCCUGAAGGAUGGGCUUGGGUCAUUAGACUUCCUUCAUGGGAGGGUAGUUCUAUCCCUAACCUUACUGCCAUGAUAAACCAUCUGCUAGAUCUUAAUGCUGCCAAGGCACCAGCAGACUCGUAUCCUUCAGUCCCCGAAUUGGUUGAAAGAUUUCAAGUCAAGUUUCGCUGGGUCGUUAGCAUCGGAUUUGCUCUUCGCUCCGACGUUGUCUAUCCAGAGAACAUUUCAAGCUAUGGAAACAGCGAAGCAGAACAAAGAUUUAACUGGAUCGUAUCCCGAUACCAAAAAGUAUCCCAGUUGAUGGAGAAACACAAGCUUAUUGAAAAUCUCUAUGGUCCAGGAACGACAUGGUUUGUCCGCAAAAAUAUUGCUUUCCGUGCGCCACGAGUUACUGGAAAAGAUUGGUUGGCCAUUGGUGAUGCGACAGGAUUCACCAAUCCGCUAUACUCUCCCGGAAUCAAUGCAAAUAUGAGCACCAGUAUCUAUGCUGCUGAAAUGACGAAAAAGUAUCUCUUAGCCAAGAAUUCAACUGCCAAGAAAGAUCUAUUUCAAAAAUAUGAGGACUUUUGCAGAGACCGUGUCCCAAACAAUCAACGAAUGAACUUGUUCAACUAUGUAUGUAUGCGAUCCCCCGAGCUUGGUCCGCUGGGACCUAUCUGGCAGUACUUAUGUGGGACUGGAAACGAGAAAUUUCGGAACGCGAAGAACUUAAACCUGCAGAACGUACAUGAGCUUUUGACAACUUGGGAUUGGGGAUCGAAUCAAGGGGAAUAUAUGAAUUUCAGCAAACUGGUCAUCAAGAUGCUUGAUGGACCACCGGACGCUAAGCUGACGCGGAAGACCAUUGAUGAGGUGAAGAUACUUUCCGCGGAGCGCCUGAAAUCAGCCAUGGCUUCUGGUAAAUACAAGGGAAGAUGGGCAGGAGUAUUGCGCUGGUAUGAUGAUGAUCUCAACUUCGUGGCGGAUAAAGUUGACAGAGAUGUAUUGGCGCGAAGAUGCCAUACAUGUGGAGAGUGGAAGAUGUUGAGACCAGACUGUAGGAAGUGCGUGUAUUGUGGCUGGGAGCAUAAGGUUGAGGAAAGUACGAAGGUUCUAUAUCGAAGUAGAGAAUAA